AUGAUGCGGCACAUAAACGAGAUACUAAUAGCAAAAGAAAAAUAUUUUCAAAGUAGUAUAAACGAUCAUGAUUUGAAAGAAAUUAUACUUAAAAUUCAACAAGACUGUAUAACCUAUCACAGUACGGAUCUACUUGGGAGCAGUUUGUUACACAAGCUGAUAUUGAUUUUGAUUAUUGAGAAAUUUAAAAGCUUAUUGCUAUUUGAAAAGAACAUCAUUUCUAUCUUUGAUUUAGAGUGUGUUAAUUUUCAAGAAGAAAUGAAUAGUAUCAUGUAUGUGAUGAAUGAAGUAGAAAAGCAGUAUUUACGUUCAGACAAAUUUUCUACGCAUAAUCAUUCACUAACAGGUGGUUUAUUUGCAAGCAACUCGGUCAUUAGAAGGAUCAAUUUUCCAAAAGAAAUAUCUAAAAUUCUAAGAAAAUGGUUAAAGAAACAUCUUACCUAUCCUUAUCCAUCCAAGAUAGAAAAAAAAAUGCUUUCUAAAGAAACUGGUUUAAAGUUGUCCCAGAUAGACAAUUGGUUUGCAAACGCGAGAAGACGUAUAUUACCAUUUAUGAAGGAGAAGUUUAUCGAUUUUGAUUAG